AUGGAGCUAGUUGGGUCGACAUUCGCUGCUACAAGUACUUCAGCUCGACGGUGGAUUCCUACCUUAUUCAACCAAGAACAAACAACAAACAACAAACAGCAACGCCACGCAACUAUUAAACCCUCAGGACGUUCCGUUUCAAUACCCAAAGAAGAUCUCCUGAAACCAAGAUACACAAUGUCCGGCCAAAAGAGCAAGCAAGAAAUCAUCGACGAGCGCGUCUCCAACCUUCCCCUCCCCGAGGACCCUCCCGUCAAGUCAGACUGGAACUCCGCGAGCGAGAGCAUCAACGCCAAGUCCGACGGCAAGCAAGCGGAGCUGUCCAACAGCGAGGUUUCGGAUACUGGCCUCUCCGGCGGACCUGCUACCUUGGGCAGUGGCGUUAGAGAGGAGGGGUGUGCUGAUUUGAGUAAGGUUGGGAGACAGGGAAAGGAGGGUUUGGAUGGUCUGCCUAAGGAUGCGACGAAGUAG